AGAACAAAACUUGGUCUUGAAAAAGUUAUUUAACUCAAUUAUUUUAUCCUCUGUAAUGUUCUUUGAUUACACCCAAAGCUUCAAAUUCUAUUCAGAAGUCAUAUUUUUUGUAAAAACGGAUGUGAAGAGCUGGAGCAUCAAAGGCACCUAAUCAGCCAGGUCGAGCUAGAUGUUGAUGGAACAGGCUACGUUAGGUUUAGGUGAUUCUCACUAGGAGUUUUCGUGUUGUCAUUGGAGAGGGCGAGACCAGUGGAAAUCAAUAAACAGUCGUUUGGUUGCUAGCCAACCCUUUCGACCCGUUGGACAUUUGGAGGGAAUGUUUUCAAUUUACCGGGAAAUUGGAGCUGGUCAAGUGCAACCGUUGCAGGUCCUCCCCUUGAAUAAACAGGGCAGGUAGUUAGUUAUGAACUUGGCGAUACGUAGUGCGCUAGCUGCAGUAGUUAGACGUUAGCGGUAACGUUAGUUACACGUUGUCUGUUGUCCAGAUUUCCUCGAGGUAUUUUCCAUUCCAAUCGCAGGUGCUGAGUUGUCGGAAUGGCGACUGGAGGGGAUUCGUUUGAUGAUUGCGCAGAUGAGCAGGAGCUACAUAACUGGACUGUCACCAACAGCAGUCUCGAGGAUCGUCUCAACAAUAUGGACUGGGGCACUCAGCAUAAGAAAGCCAAUCGCUCCUCUGAGAAAAACAGGAAGAAGUUCUCCGCUGUCUCAGAGAGCCGCUUGACCAAUGACAUCUCUCCAGAGUCGACACCAGGAGCUGGGAGACGGCGGGCUCGCACUCCGCACACCUUCCCUCAUGUGAAGUAUGCCACGCAGAUGUCCGUCCCUGACCAGGCUGAGCUGGAGAGACUGCGGCAAAGGAUCAACUUCACUGACCUGGAUGAGAGAAGCAUUGGCAGCGACUCCCAGGGCCGGAUCACGGCCGCCAACAACCAGAGGCAGCUGGCGGAGAACAAGAAGCCCUUUAACUUCCUGCCUCUGCACGUCAACACCAACAAAAGCAAGGCGCCGCCCACCGCUGCUUCCCCUGCUUCCACCCCGGGGGGCAAGGAGCCCAAGAAGCAGAGUCCUGGGAGAGACCUGUUUGCUCCUGUGCCCACCUCCAGUAAUGAGGCUUUUGGGCCAGAGAGGGGGGGACCCAUAGAGGGUGGCCAAGGGGAACCCAUCAUCGACAGCAGUCAGGUUGUCAGUAAGCUGGUGCAGAUCCGAGAGUCUAUUAGCAAGGCCAACUCCAUGCGGGACGACAUGCUGGAGAAGAACGAUAUCCCAGCUAAUGUGGAGCGGCUCUCUCACCUGAUUGCACACCUCAAGGAGCAGGAGAGGUCCUACCUGAGGUUUCUUCAGAAGAUGCUGGCAAGGGAGGAGGAGGAGGAGGAGGACAGGGGCACUGUUGACUCGGCCGUGGGCUCGGGCUCGUUGGCGGAGAGCACGUCUCUGAACUUCGAGCCUCGCUCCGAAGCCCCUGAUGUCACUGGUCGAGGUGUGCGCGGGGAACAGGAGGAGGAACUGGAGAACCUGCGCAAGCAGCAUGACCUGCUGAAGAAGAUGCUGGAACAGCAGGAGCAGCUCAGGGCGCUGCAGGGCAGACAGGCGGCGCUGCUGGCCAUGCAGCACACGGCAGAGCAGGCCAUGCAGGUCAUGGAUGAGACCGUGGUGACUGAGACCACAGGCAGUGUGUCUGGCAUCAGCAUCACCUCCGAGCUCAACGAUGAGCUGAACGACCUCAUCCAGCGUUUCCACAACCAGCUCCAUGACUCACAGGCCAAGGCAGUGCCUGAUAACCGGCGUCAGGCUGAGAGCCUGUCCCUCUCCAGGGAGGUGUGCCGCUCCAGGCUGCCCCAGCAGUCCCUCUCGCAGCCCCCGGACCCCCUCUCCCCCCGUGGGCCUGGCGCCUCGGCUGCCAGCACCAAGCUCAGCAAGCUACAGGAGCUGCAGGACAAGAAGGAGACGAUGGACAAGAUCCUGCAGGAGCUGCACUCCCUCCGGGACCAGACGCUCAACAACAGCUCCUGUCGGGGAGCAUCUCUCUCAUCCCAGCGGGGGUUAGGUGCAGGUGUGUCGUCCGAGCGUCCCUCCGUCCUUGGCCGGGAGGCCAACGGAGCGCGUGCAGCACAGCAGGACUCUUACCUGGAGGACACCAGCCACCCUGCUGACAAACUCCGGAAGCUGAAGGAGGUGCACAAGCGCCUGAAUGAGCUGCGGGAGCUGGUCCAGUACUACGAGCAAACAUCAGACAUGAUGGUGGAUGCUGUCAACGAGAAUGUCAAGGAUGAUGACGACGAUGAUGAGGAAACAGAUGGCUCACUUUUUGAGGCAAUAUUUGAUUCUGAGCAGGAGAAUAGAGAGCCCAUCACAACCAUCAGAAACCCUCGGCACGCUGGUAACUGGAUGGAUAUGAACAGCGUGACUAAUGGCCGGGGUGCACUUGGAGCAAGUGGUAGCAACAACAGAGAGGUUCGUCUGAACAUUGACUGUGAGAUCAACAACCGCUCUGCCACCAACCUCAGGAGCCUCAACAUCCCCUCUGCUAUCGAAUGCCAAUAUAACAGAGACGACCGUCAGUUCAAUGGCGUGAGGGAUGGCCAUGAUGACGAGGAUGAGACUCUGGAGGAAGACGGCGCACGGCGGGGGGGCAGGGACAGUGGCGGCUCAGGGUCCAGUCGGAGGAGCAGUGUGGGGGUAGUAGACGAAGACGCAGAGUUCGCACAGAAGGUCCAUCGCCUCCAGACCGCCAAACAGAAGUUGCGCCAGCUCCAGGAGCUAGUUGCCAUGGUGCAGAGUGAUGAUACGGAUGGCACCACCGGCAAUGAGGAUGAGGGACUCCACCAGCAGCCUAACAACACCAGGGCUCCUGCCCCCAAAGCCAGGAGAGAGCUGUGCCUCCCUGACAAGGCCCGUGAGAAGCUGUACGAGGAGAAGCUGAAGCAGCAGCAGCAGGAGCUCAAGCAGCUCCAGGAGGAACGCCAGCGGCUCAUGGACAUCCAGGGCAAGAUCCAGGACCUCCAGCGGGCAUGUCCAGACCUGCAAUCAUCUGUGUCCAGCUCUGUAAGCGGGCCGGCUCUGAAGAAGAUCCCUGUUGCGGCCUCCACCCCAGCCGGUCACCCCUCCACCCCAGCCUGUGACCCCUCUGCUUCAGCCACCUCAGCCGUCCUCAAGCCCUCCACUGAAGCCGCCUCUGCCUCCGUCCCUGACAACGAGCUGUGGACAGAGAUGCGGCGGCACCAGAUCAUGCGCGAGGAGCUGCGCCAACGCAGGAAGCACCUGGAGAGCCUGAUGGCCGAACAGCAGCGGCGCAGUGUCAACGGCGACACCGCAGUCAACGCACACCUUCCACACUCCAUCAGCAGAGAUGAAAGGACCAUGGCUACAUGGGGAGGGUCCACACCAUGCAGGCUAGAUGACGAAGAGGACAGCUAUGCCUCAGAGGUCGACGCUGAGGAAGAGGAGGAAGAGGAGUCGGGGGAGGAGUCCAGCUACAGUGAUGAUCUGCAUGUUUACCCCAGGAAGCAGCAGUCCUACAACAGCAAGAAGAGCAAGAAUAGUCUGAAGGGCUCUGGGGGUUAUUCAGCGGAGGGUGCCGGGCGGAGCCGAUCCAAGCAGCAGCAGCAACAGCAACAGCAACAGCAGCAGCAGCAGCAGCAGCAGCAGCAGCAGCAGCAGCAGCAGCAGCAGCAGCAGCAGCAGCAGCAGCAUCAGCAGCAGCAGCCCCACCAGCAGGUGGAGGGCGCCAGCGGGGGAAGGAGGCAGGAGAACCUGCGGUGGGCUGCAGACCUCUCCUCCUCCGAGGGCACGCACUACUGGCAGGAGCAGGUCAGCCAGCUGCAGAAACAGCUGGACUUCAGCACCAGCAUGUGCCAGACGCUGCUGCAAGACCAACAGACUCUGUCCUACAUGCUGCAGACACUGAUGACUGGGCCAUAUAACGUGUUGCCAGGAAACAUGGCUUCUCCUCAGGUGCCCCUCAUCAUGCACCAGCUCAACCAGUGCUACACACAACUAGCCUGGCAACAGAGCAACAUCCAGAGGUUGAAGCAGGGUCUGAAUGAGCUGCUCCGUAAACAGCAGCAGGAGCAGCAGGCAGGGCAGCGGAAGCCUCCGUCUCAGGGCCAGCCAAGCUAUACGCAAGAUUCCAGCACCUGCUCCCUCUCCCCCUCAGUCUUCCUGCCCUACGCGCUCAACAUGCCUGGGCUCGCCCCCUGCUCUCCUGGCUUUAACAUGGCCCCCAUGUUUCCCUCUGCGGGUGCUGAGUUCCCCCAGAGCCCUGCUGCCCAGGGUGGCCCCACCCAGCAGCAGCAGGACCCAAACCUCUCCAUGAAGACGGAGUACAUGAGCUUUCCACCUCCCCUGCAGAGAUCCACGUUCAACAACACAGAAAACCGGCCUCAGACGCAGCCAGACAGCAGUCUAACCAAUCCUCAGAGCCCCAGCUGGCUGAACAUCUCCCACGGCCCCCAGCAGCAGCAGCCCCCCGGCUCAGGGGCCCGUCUUCCCCAGCCGCAGCCCCCGCAGCUGCAGCAGCAGCAGUCCUACUCCCCCUCCUCAUCCCCCGUCGCCCCCAGACUGCUCCGGGGGCGCUGCUACCAGCAGCAGGACUCGCAGGAGUCCCUGAGCAGCAUGCCGGACCCAGGCGACCCCACCACAGUCACCAGGACUUACCGGCCCGGCAGGAAGGCCUCGGCUCAAGCCAGCCUAGCCUCACGUGACAAGACACCCAAUGCCAAGAGCCGACGCAGGAGGGGCAAGGGCAAGCAUGCAGGUGUGGAGAGCGACAGUGUGUCCAGCACAGCAGACUGUUUCCAGGGGAGGGAGAGGGGCAGAGCCCCCCUGGCCCAGCCCAGAGGCCACAACCAGACUCUGCUGGACAAGCUCACCCAGGAGAAACUGGACAGCAAGACGAAGAGCAGCAAGACCAAUGACUUGUCAUCAGCGUAUGCUUGGAGAACACCCUUCCUCUCUAACAGAAUUGCAUGCACUGAAGCUCCAGAUGCUAGCAGUGAUUUCUCGCUGUUCGAGGCUCUGAGGGAGACCAUCUACUCAGAGGUGGCUACACUCAUCUCCCAGAACGAGUCGCGACCGCACUUCCUCAUUGAGCUUUUCCAUGAGCUACAGCUGCUCAAUACUGACUACCUUCGCCAGAGGGCCCUCUACUCACUACAAGACAUUGUGACCAGGCACCUGACUGAGAAGAACAUGGCCGAUGGCCAGGCGUCCCCCCUGGGCCCGGCGGUGUGGGUGGGAGGCUCCCAGUCUGAGCUCACCCCCAGUGAGAGUCUGGCCACCAGUGAUGCGGAGAUGUCAGAGAAGAACAUGGGCCUGAAGCAGAAGAUGAUGGCUGAUGGCGACUCUUUGGACGAGGGGAGCCUCAUGUCCACUUCCUCUAACCUGGAGCCCUUCGCCAGCGAUGACCUGGGUAACACAGUGAUUCACUUAGAUAAAGCUCUGGCCAGGAUGAGGGAGUAUGAGCGCAUGAAGCUUAAGGCUGAGUUUAACCACAACAACAAAAACAGCUCUGCUACUGCUGCUGCUGCUGACAUCUCUAACACUGACCUGCCCUCACCCAGCAAUGCUGCUGCUGCUGGACUGCUGGAAGGAUCUUGUCAGGCGUCUGCAGACAUGCGCUGCCCUCAGAUCGACACCCAGCAGCUGGACCGGCAGAUCAAAGCCAUCAUGACUGAGGUCAUCCCCUUCUUGAAGGAGCACAUGGACGAGGUCUGCUCUCACCAGCUGCUCACCUCCGUGCGCCGUAUGGUGCUCACUCUCACACAGCAGAACGACGAGAGCAAAGAGUUUGUGCGCUUCUUCCACCGGCAGCUAGGUGGUAUCCUGCAGGACUCCCUGGGGAAGUUUGUGGGCCGCACGCUACAGGAGUGUGGGGAGGAUCUGCUGGUGGAGAUCUCCGAGAUCCUGUUCAACGAGCUGGCUUUCUUCAGACUCAUGCAGGACCUCGAUAACAGCAGCAGCAGUGCAGCCAAGAACCGCACUAAGAGAAGCCGCAAUGCUGUCUCCACCAAACACACUAACAAGACUGAGGGGAAAGGUGCUGAAGGGGAGGCUACAUUUUUGCGAGCUUACUGUGACCAAGAUCAGGAUCGAGAUGAGAUGGAGCAGGAAGGGACCACUCUCAAUCUGGAGAAAGAAGAGGGUUUGGAAGAGAAGGAUGGACAGAGCAGCGAGGCCUCUGAAGUGGAGGAGGAAGAAGAAGAAGAAGAGGAGGAGGAAGAUGAUGAUGAUGAUGAAAAGGAAGAGGACCGAGAUGGAGAGGGGCCGCGUCUUUCCAUUAGCUUGUCCAAGGCAGAGACUCAACCCUUGACCAACUAUGGUAGUGGUGAGGAUGAGAACGAGCUGGAAGAGGUGGAGGAGUUUGAGGCUGGACCGGUGGAGGUACAGACAUCACUACAAGCCAGCAGCAACGCCACAAAUGACAACAAACAGUGCAAUAGAGUGAUGCAGAACGGCACCAGUCAAGACCAAGAGACCUCCGAAGGCAAUGAAGCCAAGAGCACUAAGUCAAAGUCCAUAGAGGUGAUGGACUCCCCGGAGGAGGACCGUGUGAGCGGGAGCAGCCACUCUGGAGCUGAGCCAGACGCCCAGGGGGAAGCCGAGAGGAGUGCAGAGGUGCCCUCCGGUCCCGUCACAGUAAAUGGGCAGGGGGGCUCCCAGGGCUCGAGCUCCGGAAGCCCCGACACGGAGUCUCCAGUCAUGAUCAGCGUGGACGAGGUAGGCUCAGGAAACACAAGCCAGAAAUCAGAUGAGGAUGACUUUGUGAAAGUGGAGGAUCUGCCUCUACAGCUCUCAGUUAUAUCUGAGGAGGAAUUGAGGAAGAGGAUCACAGAGGAGCAACAGAACAACAACCUGACAGCGGAGCUCCUUAAUGGCAACACAGAGGGCCUCCCAGGGCUCAUUGGGGACGGCCUGACCUUGAAAGAACCUGAGACGGUCGGAGCCCAGAGUGCGUGAGGACGUCAGGCCCAUUCCCAACACUAGUGCAACAUCAUCCAUGCCGCUUUACACUAGAGGAAAGUGACUGCACAGUUGUGUUAAGGUUAAGCUGAGCCUAACAAAUGUAAAAAGAAAAGAAAAAAUUAAAUAAAAAGCGAGAGAGACUAAUCCCAUUAAGUUCCAAUGGCACCACACUGCUGCAAUCUACUGUUCUAAAUAGAAGGAGGUGUCUAACUGUACAUGAAGGGGUUCUUUGUUUAACCUCAGGUGACGUUUUUAUAAGACGGAAAUUUUAGGUUUAGAGGACUCAUGUUGCUGUCCAUAGGCUCUGCAGUAGUCUGUGUCUGUUUUUAUUUUAUUCUUUUAUGAGGUCUUUUUUUUUAUUAUUUGUUUUGUGGUAUUUUAAAUGAAGCCUUGGAGAGGAAGCUGGUGAGAAUGGGCUUGGGUCCUGUUUUGGACAUUUGCAAUCAGUUACUGUUACUUAGUUAUGGCAGCGUUUCUUCUGUUCCUGUGCCUGACUGCAUUAAAUAGCCCCCAAAACUCCUCUACCGCCAUGCACUUGACCUUUUUGAGCCUUGGUUCAGUAAAAGCAAGUAGGUAUUUCAGAACAUCAGUUUUUUUAGGAAAAUGUGUUGACCUGAUUGGUCAGAGUACAGUUGGCAAAACUUGCUCGGUGGGUAUGUCAUGGGCUGCAUGGCAAAAGAGAAUGUAACCCCCCCCCCACUGGCACUAAAAUGUCUGUCCGUCUUGCCUGCCUUACAGGGGGGUUGGGGUGGAGGUCGACCUCAGAUGCACUCUUUUAAAUGUAUGUCUGUUUUAUUUUUAUGUUUUCAGGCAUGUUGGCCUUUUUCAGUGCUUGGGCAUCUUAUCCCAUUCUGAUUUCCAUGUAAUUCAGAUAUUUACUAUGAGGUUUUAAGACUAAAUGAGAAAAAUAAUAAAAUAUUGAUUUUUACUUUUCCCUCCAAGUGAAA